UGGCACAGCAGAGAGCGCUUCGAGACGGAGCCUGUAGAGCGUCGAUUCACACCGCAGAUAGCGGGGAAACAAGCGGCCUUCUCCGGCAGAAAUAGAGGGACAUAACCCGCAUGGUUCACAUCCACAGAACCCGUCACUACCCCGACUUUGAUCUCCAAAGAGGAAACUAGAAGUGGAAGAGCCGAUGCGCUUGGAUCCGUGGAGUUAUAUAAGGAAAAGGAAGCGUCAGCCUCGUCGCAGGGCCAGUGUGACUCAUUGAUAAAUAUUACGGGCUCUCUCCGACCAGAUACAUGAAUGAGCGCCAGUGUAUGCAGCCUGCAGUCGGAAAAUCUGUGAAGGGGACCUGAAUGCUUAUCGGUCCGUGUCGUCUCAGAGCGCACGGGACACUGAAGGAGAUUUGGAGUGAGAAGUUGUUUGUUUGGUUUAGCAUUUCGACUUUUCUCUUUUAGUGUUUUUACAUCGUUGCUUGUGCGGCCGAGGUGCAGCGGAGCGGACUGAAAUCCCAAAACAGGUUUUUGCUUGCUUGCCUCCUUGUCGCUGCAGCCAAGGAAGCGUCCCCCUUUUCCCAGACACAUUUUUACUCCUGCUUAUAAAUGCUUGACAAGCUCAAGCCCGUCGCCCAGUUCGACUCGGUAAUGGCGAUCAGCAAGACGGUGGGCUGGCUCCGGGAGCUGCUGGAGACGCGCAGGGACGGCCUGCUUGUGAUGGACUGCCGGGCCCAGGAGCUCUACGAGUCGUCACACGUCGAGACAGCCAUCAACGUGGCCAUACCGAGCCUCAUGCUCCGCCGGCUCAAGAAGGGCAACCUGCCCGUGCGCUCUUUGCUCUCCAACGGAGAGGACCGGGAGAGGUUUGCGCGGAGGUGCAAGACCGACACCAUCGUGCUGUAUGACGAGUACAGCCGCGAGUGGAACGAGAAUGUGGACGGGGGCUCCGUGUUGGGUUUACUGCUGAGGAGGAUGAAGGAUGAAGGCUACAAGGCCUAUUAUCUGGAGGGUGGCUUCAGUAAAUUCCAGGCCGAGUAUCCAGCGCUGUGUGAGACCAACCUGGAUGGCUCCUCCAGCAGCAGCUCCCCCACCGCCCAGGUGCUGGGUCUCGGCGGGCUGCGGAUCAGCUCCGACUCUUCAGACAUCGAGUCGGACAUAGAUCGGGACCCAAGCAGCGCAACAGACUCCGACGGCAGUCCGCUGUCCAACCCACAGCCCUCCUUCCCGGUGGAGAUCCUGCCCCAUCUCUACUUGGGCUGCGCCAAGGACUCCACCAACCUGGACGUGCUGGAGGAGUACGGCAUCAAGUACAUCCUCAAUGUGACUCCCAACCUGCCCAACCUAUUUGAGAAUGCAGGGGAGUUUAAGUACAAGCAGAUCCCCAUCUCAGAUCAUUGGAGCCAGAAUCUCUCCCAGUUCUUCCCUGAAGCCAUCGGCUUCAUCGAUGAAGCUCGAGGCCAGAAGUGUGGCGUCCUGGUCCACUGCUUGGCUGGCAUCAGCCGCUCAGUGACUGUGACCGUGGCCUACCUAAUGCAGAAGCUCAACCUGUCCAUGAAUGAUGCGUACGAUAUUGUGAAGAUGAAAAAGUCCAACAUCUCACCCAAUUUCAACUUCAUGGGCCAGCUCCUGGACUUUGAGCGCACACUGGGCCUGAAAAGCCCAUGCGACAAUCGCAUGGCAGCACCUAGCCAGCAGCUCUACUUCACCACCCCAACCAAUCACAACGUCUUCCAGCUGGACGCCCUAGAGUCCACGUGAGGUCCACUGUCACCACCCCUCUCCUUGCUGGAGGUAUCAUGAGCCUCCUGUUGGAAAAAUUACAAAAAGUUUCUCCUUUUCCUGUCGUCUGCUACGCAACUGGGCUUUUGAUGUUAUUGAUACAGCUGGUUUGAGGUGACAGCUGCUGAGCGUAGUUACUGGAGGCCCAAAGCUGUCUGGCCAAGCCGCAGCUGUUGUUGACUAAAUGAAGAGCGACAGCAAAAGAGACAGGAAAAAGGAAGAGAGGCAUUUAAAGAGAGCAGAUCAUUUCUGCCAUCUCGUAUGGCUGUUGGACUCCUGAGGUCUUUUAUCUUUUUGUCAUUGUCUGAGGAAACUUAAGUGAUGUGCCGGAAAGCUGUACGUUAUGCUUCAAAGUUCCCAGGCUGGUUUGCCAAAGAGACAUGAUUGUUCAGACUGGACACAUGUAAAAUCUUUUAUGUUUAGUUUGGGGUCUAGCACUGGUUCCUCCACGACCUCAGGGUGCGUUGUCUCCUUCGUCUUCUGUGAAGACUUGCCUGUGUGGGCUGAAGCACCCAGCUUUAGAUGGCACACUAUCUACUGGACUCGAUUUUACAUUUGUGAAAUCAAACAUUUAUACAUGUGUAUAUAUCUUUAUGAAAGACAAUACAGUAAAAGCCUUGCUCUAGUAUAUACCCUUUGCAACAAGUGGGUACUGAAGAUAUUUGUUUCAUAAUCUACAUUUAUGUAAGCAAACAAGCUGCAUAUUGAUCAGUAUGUUAAAGUUGAUUAUGCCAAAAAUCAAGUAGGCUUUCCAAGAGUUGUGCAAAAAUGUGUACAUGUGUAAUAUAUUUGAUAAUCACUUCUUGUGUGAGUUCAGCCGGCAGGCUUUGUUUUUGCACACACCCUUUCAUGAAUCAGUCGUCUUGGUUGUUUGCCUUACUCAGAAGGUUUUUGUUAACCUUCAGAGAAAGACACCCGGUUAUUCUCAACUCUGCUGCCUCUUAGAGGUUUUAGCCACACAAAAUUUCACAUUUUAAGCAGUUUUCAUAGCAGUUUUACAGCAUAAGCACUCAGAAUGGCCAGCUGUGGCGUGUGGAUCUCUGAAGGUUAAUGAAAGUAAUUGUGAUCUGUGCACAAGGGUUAAAAGUCUCUGACAUGUGGACAAACAGAAGACAUUGCUCGCCUUGCUUUUUCAGGGAUAACUCUGUGAAAUGCAAUUCUUAUUUGUCAAGAUGAGAGAAGAAGAAUCCUGAGCUUCAGAGGGUCUCAUUGCCCCCUGCAGAGAGAAGGCCUCUUUCCAGAGGAAGCCAUCUUGGUGACCUCUGCCACCCCUCACACACACUCCUCUCUUAUGAAUAUAAAGAAAAGAUAAGUUAU